AAUGUCAGCUCGAGGCCGCUGGGAAGGCGAAAGCCGCCGGGACACAGAGUUCUAUUGAGAGAGGACAAAAAAAAGAGGGAAUAAACUCAAUGGGCCGGGCGGGACGCCAAGCUGGGAGCGCCGAGGGACGUGCCCGGAGUAGGGAAGCGACGGGAUUCGGGGGGCGAGCCUGCCCGAAAUGUGGGGAGCGCUGGGCGCCCCGCGGGGCCACCCCGUUCCCCCCUGCCUGCUGCCGGUGACCUGGCUCCUGGCGCUGCACGCAGGUCUGCUGGCAGGGGUGAACAUCACCAGCCCCACGCCGCUGGUGCGGGGCACGGCGGGCAAGGCGGCGCUGCUCUCGGUGCGCUACGCCAGCGCCAGCGCCGACAAGCCGGUGGUGAAGUGGCAGCUGAAGAGGGACAAGCCUGUGACCGUCGUGCAGUCCAUCGGCACCGAGAUCAUCGGCAACCUGCGGCCCGACUACCGCGACCGCAUCCGGGUGCUGGAGAACGGCUCCCUGCUGAUCAGCCCCCUGCAGCUGGCCGACGAGGGCGCCUACGAGGUGGAGGUGUCCAUCACCGACGACACCUUCACGGGCGAGAAGACCAUCAACCUCACCGUGGACAUCCCCAUCUCGAAGCCACAAGUGCUGGUGGCCUCCUCAACAGUGCUGGAGCUCAGCGAGUUCUUCACGCUCAACUGCUCGCACGAGAACGGCACCAAGCCCACCUACACCUGGCUGAAGGACGGGCGGCCGCUGAGCAACGACUCGCGCCUGCUCCUCUCCCCCGACCAGAAGAUCCUCACCAUCACCCGCGUCCUCAUGGCCGACGACGACGUCUACAGCUGCCUGGUGGAGAACCCCAUCAGCCACGGCCGCAGCGUCCCCGUCAAGCUCACCGUCUACCGUCGGAGCUCCCUCUACAUCAUCCUCUCCACUGGGGGCAUCUUCCUCCUUGUCACCCUGGUGACUGUUUGUGCCUGCUGGAAACCCUCCAAGAAGGACAAGCGGCAGGCAGAGACCCAACCAGCCUCGGAGUACACGGAGCAGGAUGAGGAGCGCCUGAAGCAUGAGACUGAGGGCAUCCCGCGGAGCAGCGAGCACGAGCGCAAGAACCCAGUAGCCUUGUACAUCCUGAAGGACAAGGACUCGCCGGAGGCAGAGGAGGACUCCCCGCCGGAGCCCCGUGGCACCGUGGAACCGGCUUACAGCAGCACGCCGGUACCGGCGGCCGGGCGCUCGCCGGGGCCGGUCGGGCGCUCGACUCGGCGCUACCAUCGCUCCCCGGCUCGCUCCCCGGCCUCGGCGCGGCCGCACAGGUCCCCGCCAGGCUCCCCGGCGCGGGCGCGUGGGGCCCCGCGGCUGCUGCGGACUGCCGGCGUCCACAUCAUCCGGGAGCAGGAGGAGGCCAACGCCGUGGAGAUCAGCGCCUGAGCAGGGCGGACGUGUGCGCUCCGGCGGCGAGCGAGAGCGGGCGGGCGGGAGGGACACCGGCGCGGCUCCGCUCCCGCCCCCGGGCAUCGCGCGGCUCGGCGUAAAGUCACUAAUUUGCUAUUGAUCCCACCCGGAGCUCCCCUCUUCCGUCCCUGUCUUCCCGGGGUGCCACUUCCAUGGUUUGCUCGCCGGGACGAGCGUGCGGGGAGCGCGCGUGGGCUGCGAGCGAGCGAGUGUGCCAUGCACGGAGAGCCUGCGAGAGGGCACCGAGCAUGCAGAGUGUGCACAGGGCAUGCAGAGAGGGCACAGGGCGUGCAGAGUGUGCAUGGAGCAUGCAGA